GUGGGACAUCAUUCCAUAAUUAAGUAUCCUAACGUUGGGGGAAGGGGCGGUUGUGUGGAUGGGAAAGGUUACACGUUGGGUUAGAUCUAUGAUGGGUGGGAGUGAUGAAAGCUCGAAAAGCGAUCCGUUUUGUUGUCUCGACGAAAUGGAAAAUACUAAUAAUAGUAAUAAUGGAGUGGGAGUGAGGAAAGGUGCGUGGACCAAAGAGGAAGAUGUUCUUCUCAGAGACUGUGUUCAUAAAUAUGGAGAGGGGAAAUGGCAUCUCGUCCCUCUCAGAGCUGGAUUGAAGAGAUGUAGGAAGAGUUGCAGGCUGAGAUGGCUCAACUAUCUCAGACCUAAUCUCAAAAGAGGCUUCUUUACUAAAGAUGAAGUCGAUCUCAUCGUCAGGCUUCAUAAAUUGUUAGGAAACAGAUGGUCACUGAUCGCCGGCAGACUUUCCGGGCGAACGGCAAACGACGUUAAAAACUUUUGGAACAGUCAUAUCUCGAAGCGAGCGGUGGAGGGAGUAAAAAGCAUCACCAAGAGCAACAUCGUACGACCUCGUCCUCGGACCUUCUCCAACGCACGACCACCAGUUUGGUCCACCCAACUAACCGGAUCAAACUCAUCUUCAUCGACCACGAAACACACAAACCAUGAUCCAACAGAGGCGAAUGAUGGUGUUGAGAAUCCCAACAUGGAGCGACGUUCCUCCCUGCUAGAGGAGGAUCUUGACGAAUGCAUGAGGUUGUGGGGAGACUUGCUAAUGAUGACGGAAAACAAUUCGUUUCAGCUUUCCAACGGAGAAAUCGCCGAUCAAGAUAGACUGUGCGAUGACUUGUCAUUUGAUGCUGAUAUGGUUUGGAACUUGGACAAUUUGCAGACCAACCAUUAAUAAUGUUGUUUAAUAUCGAUCCAUCUUCCAUGUUCUUCUCCUUGUAAUUUUCAGGAAUAUAUUAUUUUCCUCCUCCCAAUGUAAUAUUUCACAUAUAUUAAACCAAUAAAAUUAAUAUUAUUAAAAAU